AACGCUGAGGCGGUACAUAAGUAUAGCAUGACCGAGAAUUUUGGAGUGUUCAUGAAUUAAACAGCAUUUAGAUUCGAGUUGGGCUUGCAACGAUCACAUCUGACUUGUCUUUACACGGGAAAAAACGCGGCGAAAUUGUAUACAUCAUAUUGUACUGGAAUGGUCAUUCGUGCAACGGAGUGAAGAACAAAUAGACCGUUUACGUAACGUGUGUGGUGCUUUUUAGAAAAGAUCACAGAGAAAGACUUGUUUAUCUGCCGUUAGCAUCGAACAGAAUUUUCGUCUACGUCUGGCGUAGUGGCAUCAUACUUCACAGUUGUUGACAGAAGAGACCGCCGCAAAGGAACGAGAGUUGUGUACAUAUAAGGUGCUAUACGGGAAAGAGAAAAACAGACUUUAGAGGAAACAUUGGCGAACCUGUGCUUGGGGAGAAGACACGACGAGAAGGUUGAAAAAUUCUUGGUUGCGUCAAAGUAAACAUUUGAAUAUCUUGGUAUUCCUGGUCGGCAUUCCUCUCAAAGAUUUCACAAUACCUUUUCCUGUUGCUCAAGUGGGAGGACAACUUCAAAGUUAACGACGACUACAAAAAUAACAACAAUCAAAGCCCUGUCUUCAGCAAGUAUACUCCAUUUCUACGAAUAGCGAACAUCAACCUCAAAACAGAGCAACAAGGCAACUUUAUUCGCUUUACUAUACGUGGACUAAACUCGAGCCUACCGCGAGGAGAUACCAGAAUUGACCUACGAACCUUGGGAGAAUUUGACAAUCGGUUUUACAACGUCAACAACUGAACAAUUGCAAAAAUUACUGGCGUGUAAAAGGACCUGACAAAGCACAUGAUGAGGAAUCUGACAUUAUCGACACUAUCCACGGCAGUGUUUAAUAAAACCCUACCAAACCUGACCUGCUCAGAAGAGUUGGAAUCUACGACUGAGGAAGCGAUGCGAUACUUCAUCUCAGUUUGUCUAGCAAUCAUUAUAACUAUCUCCAUUGCGGGAAAUUUGAUGGUAGUAAUCGCAUUCAAAGUGAACAAACACUUGCAAACCGUCUCGAAUUCCUUCAUUCUGAGCCUAGCCGCGAGUGACCUGAUAACAACGAUUUUCGUGAUGCCUUACGACCUACAUAUCAUACUAACGAAGCACGUCUGGGAAUACGGAGAAACAUUGUGCAAAUUUUAUACAACAGUCUACCUCAUCUCGGCACCGGCAUCCACUCUGAACCUGUUGGCAGUCAGUAUAGACCGAUUUCGACUCAUUCGCGACCCGUUCGCAUAUAAGAGACAGACCACGCCCUUUAGGGCAUUACUGGUGGUCAUGUUCAUAUGGGUUUACUCAACGAUUAUCGCCUUGCUUCCACUAAUGGGCUGGCAGGAUUCGACACCCUGGCCAGAUGAUACCAAUCCUAAUUGUACCGUACGCGAUAAUAAAAACACAAAAUGCUACUUCGCUAUCGCCUGGCACUACUCCGUGAUGGUGUCAGUUUUGAACUUUGUUAUUCCGCCUCUGAUAAUGAGCGUUAUAUAUUUCAGAAUUUACCUAAUAGCCAAGGGGCAUAUCGAAAGAAUACAUCGCCUGGAAAGUGCAACUCCGAACGGCAGAGCCUCUUUAACAGGAAUGACGCAUUCAGCAAAUAAUAGUCGCCGAUCGUCGCGGGCUGGUUCGUGCUCGCCUAUUCAAAUAGAAAUGCAUUUCAACGGUUCGAACUAUUUGACAGUUCCGCACGCGAAUGGUAAUUUUCCGCCCGUUGGUGAGAAAGAUGUGCACGCGAAUCAUAAAAAUGGACACGAACACAGAAACUCCCUGCUCGCGAGUACGGAUUUUAAGCACGCGCGAGUACAAGAUGAACACGCAAAAGCGGCAACGGAACACGCUAAAAUGGAUACUGAACACGAGGAAAUAGCUUUAAUGCACGAAAGAAAGAAUUCCACCAACGGGCAAAUAGUAACUGCGCACGAAAGAAAGAACUCCACGAUGGGAACCACGGAACAAGUUCACGUUACCCGCAGAAACAAUAAUGGAAAACGCAAAUCACGCUUGUUCUCAAUAAACGGCACCUCGAUGCUACGAAAAAACUUAAAGGCAGCGAAAUCGCUCGCCAUUAUCGUUGGCGCGUUUUUCCUAUGCUGGUAUCCACACACAAUCGUUAGCAUGGUAGUAAAUUCUUGCAUCAGAUUAGAAUUACCCUGCACGUUGCCACCGGUGUACGUUGAGAAUCUGCUGCUUAUAAUUGGAUUCGUGAACAGCAUGAUAAAUCCUUUUCUUUAUGGGUUACAUAAUAAAGAGUUCAAGAAAACGUACAAACGAAUUUUACGAUGGAAAUGAGAAACACUAUAUGGGGUAUAAAUGCUAUGAAUUAUAACCGAUUUCCGACAAGAGGUGUAUAACUUA